AUGCAAACUACUGAGACUACUCCUCAUGAGCAAAAAGCGCGACUCCUCCUAGGUGCGUGCAAGUUCAAGGGAAUGUUCGAUUGCCCAUGCCGGGAGGGCUCUGUCUUUGAAUCUCUGACAGACCUCGGAAAGCACAUGCCCAACAUACCCUGUCAAAAAUGUGGACACUCGCUGAAAUUACACGAUGGACACGACGGUUCUAGUGCUUCGACAACAUUUAAGUUGCCACUACAUAUGAAGACCGAGCCGCACAGUGACGUCCGCCAGGGCCUUUCAACACCAUCUGAUGACCUGAUGGGCAACAUUCCUACAUCACAAUUAUUUCCUGCCGGCGAUGCGACUGAAAUACCUGCAAGAUUGUGUCACAGGGAGGGCACCGUGCAGAAAAUUGCCCAAAUGCUUAUCGAUGGUGAAUCUGUUCUGAUAUGGGGGGCGAAAGGGACUGGAAAGACAACACUUGCACAUUUCGUGUAUGAGUUUUUGAUUAGUGGAAAUUGGAAAGCAAUCCUCAUUCCAUCCUGGCCCGCUGCUACGAAGAAAAAGACCGAAGAAAUACUCCUGGAGCAUGCCAAGGAUAAAUUUCCCGAAACGACCAACGAAGAGCUACUUUUCAGGGAUUUGAUAUUCAUCAUCGACGAAGCCCAGGAGACCCUGAAAACAUCAAGAGCAAGAGCCCCUUGGAACAACAUCAUCAAAGAACCUCAAUCUUCAGAUGUAGGACUAGCAUUUUGCAUCUUCUCAAACCAGGGCAUAGUGCCGGAGAGCUAUAGCGUCUUUGCUUCCAUUCCAGAAAUCUCUCAUCGACUAACACAUGGAAGUGGUGAUGGCCAACUAAGUCUCUUCUUUACAACUGUGGAAUUUGGGGAGUAUCUCCAACGAAACCGCGGUCUGCUCGGGUACGACCUUGACCAAGAAGCGGCAUGCCAUGUUUACUGGUUCACUGCAGGUCACCCUACUAUUCUCAAACUGACCAUGCACUAUAUCAAGCUAAUUAUCAACCGAGGCCCCUCCGUCACGCCAAUACCCACUAUUUGUCGACCGGACAUCCUAGCUAUUUUGCACGAUGAAGAUCAGCUGUUCACCUAUCUUGGUGAAAAUGUGUAUCCUGGAGCACUUGCGCGACAAAGCAAAUUUGUCACUCAGAUCUUCAAGAAGCUACUUGACUCACCAGAGGAAAAGAUAGGCUGGAACGCGGCCUCGAAAACCACGAUCGAAAAAUGCGUUUCUAAUGGCCUGAUAGUCUAUGAAAUUGAUGACGGGGGCACUCCUGAUGGACACUUUUUUCGGUUCCCAUCUCCAUUACAUGCGAAAUGGGCCCAGUGGUAUCACAAGAUCGAGACUAGUAUUUACGCUGGAGAAUUGUCGCCUUAA